CAUUGCCUUCGUUCCGACGGUACAUGGUGGACAACGUAACACGAGCACAAGUAAAAAUGUAUUACAGGUAGUUCUGUUCUUGUGGAAGUUGCGAAAAUCUGACGUAUAUUAGAUGAAAGGGCUGUGUUCUCCAAUUUAAACCCGGUCAUGGAAAUUCAAAAUUCCUUGUGACUUCAAAUCCUGAAGAUUUUGAAUACUCUGGCACGAACAGGAAUAUAGAAUGGCCGCAUCAGGGAGGCCCAAGGCAAAGCCAAGAUUUGACCCAUCAAUUCUGAAUCAAGCGAAGUCGAAAUCAUGCGAUGCAGUUAUGGAGGAAACCGAGAAGGCAAUCACGGCUGUAGAGUACGCGCAGGCUUCCUUCUGUCUGGAAGGAGUUCUCUUUACUUACAAUGCAGAGGAGGCAGACCGAGCUUACAGAUCAGCUUGCGCUGCGAUUGCGCGGGGUGACUUUGAUUUAGGUAUGAAGUAUUUGCAGACUGCAUUGAAUAAAUGUCCUCCUCAGAAGCCUAACGCUAUCUCAAAGAUUAAAACGCUCAUUGCUCAUAUCAAGCAACAACCACGAAAAAGUUAAGAAUUUACAGAAUUAAUUCAUUUGGAGACAUAAUAUGUCCACAGUUCAUGGCAGUGUUCGUGCUUUUCUAGCUUAAUCGGCGUAGUGUUUCUUACCUGCGUUAGGGUUUCUUCUGUGUAAUUUAUGUAAAAUAUGAGCUUAUAUUGAAGCUGUGAUCUAAGCAAGGGUUUACUCUCUGAGUUUUUUGCUACAUCCAAGUUAGCGUCAAAAUUAUCCUAGUCAUGUUUUAUAGAUGUAAAUUUUCUGAACUUUAAUGUUCGCCUAAUAUUUUUACAUCCACGAGAAAAAAUUAAGAAGUUAGAAGAUUAAUUCUUAAUUCUUUUGGAGA